CACAAACUUGGGGAUCUUCCUCGCCAUUUUUCAAUUUCCCUCGAAACCCCAAGAUGGCCAAGUACCAAAUCGUGUUGAUCCGCCACGGCGAGUCGCAGUGGAACGUCGACAACAAGUUCACGGGCUGGCAUGACGUCCCGCUCUCGGCCAAGGGCGAGCAGGAGUCGCACGACGCCGGCAAGGCCUUGAAGGCCGCGGGCUUCAGCUUCGACCAGGCCUACACGUCGGUGCUCAAGCGCGCGAUCAAGACGUGCUGGAACACGCUCGAGGAACUCGACCUCAUGUGGAUCCCGGUCACGCGCUCGUGGAAGCUCAACGAGCGCCACUACGGUGCGCUCCAGGGCCUGAACAAGCAGGACACGGUCGCCAAGUACGGCAUUGACCAGGUCAUGGUGUGGCGCCGCAGCUAUGCGAUCCCGCCGCCGGCCCUUGAAGAGUCGAGCGAGUACUACCCGGGUAACGACCCCAAGUACGCCGACGUGCCCCGCGAGGAGCUCCCGUUCACCGAGUCGCUCGCGACGACCAAGGUCCGCGUCGUGCCGUACUGGAACGACGUGAUUGUGCCCGCGAUCAAGGAAGGCAAGAAGAUUGUCAUCGUCGCCCACGGCAACUCGCUCCGUGCGCUCGUCCAGCACUUGGACAACAUCUCGGAGGACACGAUCACGGGCCUCAACAUCCCGACGGGCGUCCCGCUCGUGUACGACCUCGACGAGAACUUCGUCCCGGUCCAGCACGAGUUGGCCAUUGCGCCCCUGUCCGGCCACUACGUCGGCAACCAGGACGAGAUCCGUGCUCGCAUUGCCGGUGUCGCCAACCAGACCAAGGCAUAGAUCGUGUUGUCCGUAUCCACUUCAUCCAUUUUGCUUUCUGUCCA